AUGGCUGAUGUACAGCUGAAGCAAAAAGGUUACGCCUGGGCAGUUGCUGCCGGGCUCAAUGCAGCUCUUGCUGCCAUCUCCGCUAAAUUCUUCUCAUCUCUGGUGAUGAAGUAUGGAUUAGUUGUAUUAUGCAAUGUGGUUAUGUGGGCAUGCUAUGUAAACAGCUUAAGAGCUCUCUCAUCGUUACAAGCUACGGUCACAAACUUUGCUGCUAAUUUUCUCUCUUCCGGUUUAGCUGGUCUCUUUUUUUUUCAGGAAUCUUUACCAUUUCAAUGGUUUGCGGGAGCUUUAUCGAUAACCAUUGGAGUUGUAAUCCUGAGUAAGUCAAGUGUUGAAAAGAAAGUUAGCUCCGAUUAA